GCCUUGUUCCCAAAGCGAAGAAGCGGCGAGAAACCCGUGACCCUUUCCAAAACCCACGCGCAAAAAAUGCAGGCGCUCCUGCUCUCGCCGGCGGCGGCGCCACCGCGGCCGCCUCUCCCGACGCUAACGCGGCGGUCUCUGUCCUCCUCCGUAGUAGCUCUCGCGCCGUGCGUCUCCGCUCCCUGCCGCGCGGCCCCCUACUCCGCCGCGGCCCGACGAGGCACGCCGUCGCGCCUCGCCGCCGCGGCCGCGGCGCCCGGUCCCGCCGAGCCCGCGCCGCCGUCCGCCGAGGAGGAGGCCGACCGCGCAAAGCUCGCUCAGGUUAGCAAAAGACUAGAGAAAACAGGACGUUAUUUUGGCAGUUUGGGUACCCUGGGAUUCUGGUCUCAGUUGGUGUGCACAACUGUUUCGGCUGGAAUUCUGUCGUUCUCUGCAGUGGCUACUGGGAAUGCAACAGCUCCAUUUACAUUCUAUGCAACUGCAGUUGGUAUCAUUGCAGCCUUUGUCUCCGUAUUUCGGUCGUUUAGCUAUAUCCGUCUUUCUGAAAGACUUAGGAGAACAUCGACCGAACCUGCAAAGGCUCCUCCACGUGCCGAUGUGGUGAAAAAUCUGAGAAACAGUGUUGUGGUUAAUGUUAUUGGAAUGGGUGCUGCACUUCUUGGGAUGCAGGCAACUGUUGGUGCCUUGGUAGCAAAAGCUCUCACAACCUCCUCGGUGCCCUACUACCAGGGAAUAUCCCCUGGCCAGAGUCCUGUCCUCGCUUUAGAUGUUUUUCUUGUUCAGGCUUCAGCCAACACCAUCCUCUCGCAUUUCCUUGGGCUAUCGAGCUCGCUGGAACUACUGCGGUCUGUAACAGUCCCUCAAGCGGAAGCUACCCCUCGACCGGUGUGAGCUACAGGCUAUAGUUUGUCCAAAUGAAGUGUAUUCGUCAGUGCUGGAAUUCGUUAGUUUUUGGUUUGCACUGUACUCUGAAAGCGCAAUAGUUCCUAUUUUUUUUCCUUUCUGUGCAUGGAUAUUUUCAGCUGUUGAUAAGCAUCAAACCGUCCUGUCGCCUUAAUUUUCGUAUGUGCGACUCUCUUGUAUAUUUGAAGAAUAAAUUCGUUGCAUAUCUCAGAUGCUUCAACCUC